AGGCAGCGAGUUACUUUUCUUUUCUCUUUUAUUUAAUAAUAAAUACAAUGUCUAAAUCGCAAUUAAGGAAAACGGAGCAUUCGUCCAGCAAAUCAUUUUCAACUGACCGCCAGAAUGAGGCCGUUAAGUCCUCCGACAGUCUCGGGGAUGUCGGGAAAAGAGGAUCUCAUAUCUGGCCAGAGUGGAAUGAUACCGAAGUCAGCAAGGAGUUGGACUCUAUAGGACUGGAGGACAGAAAGUCGAGCAAGAAUCGCAUCCAUUCAGUUUUUAAAGAUCCAGAGGGAAAGCUUCCUUUGCCCCCCCCUCUUAAGGUGCACACAUGGAAACGUCCAGCAGAGUUCAUCGUUAAUAAGGAUGUUACUGUGGUCGAAAAUAAACAGGACUUUGAUCUGGUGUCCCCCAACAAUCAUCUAAUUGGUUGUGAGAUGAUGAGGUGGAUCAUCAGUGAGCUCCAUAUUGUUUGGAUGCUCAAUUCUGACUCAACUACACAAGAAGAUAGCUGGAAACCAUGGGAGCACAUCUACUCGCUGUGUGACGUGGUGAAAGGUCAUGUGCCACUUUAUAACAGCUAUGGAAAAUAUGUGAUCAGACUUUACUGGAUGGGAUCCUGGAGAAAGAUAAGUGUGGAUGAUUCCAUGCCAUUCGAUGAGGAAAAUAAUCUGCUUCUUCCUGCCUCCACUUGUCAGUCAGAGCUGUGGCCAAUGCUGCUGGCUAAAGCUCUAAUUAAAGUGGCCUUCACAAAUCCUACUUUCCAGGAUGGAGAAGAAAUGGGUGAAUUUUCCUUUAUCCAUGCCCUCACUGGCUGGACACCUGUAAUAAGCCCUAUAAUGCCAGGGCACUCAAACAAAAUAUGGGAUUUCCUUCAAGACACCAUUCCUAAAUUUAAACAAGAGGAUGAGAGUUUGGCAGCGAUGAAGACUGACAUUGAAGAUCCAGCUGGAGGGACAGAUUUCCAUCUAAAUGACAAUAAGAGUCUGCUGCUGGAGACAGAUAACAGCAAAGGUGCCCUAAAAGUGGCAGUUUGUGCCAGCUUCUAUCCUUUUCAACAGCAAAACAGUUUUGGGCGUCUUCGAACGGCAAAUUCCCAAGAACUUUUACGUCACUAUGGCUUGUCAAUGCUACAUAGCCAUGUUGUCCUGCUGACCAGAACCCGAACGUGUCAACUGCAUCCCACUCCCAAACCCUUGACUGUGCCCCAAUGGAAGCUCAUCCGUCCACGCAAGAAGACAGUUGCCAGCCCUUUUCUGUUUGACAGUUUUAUAAGCAGAGAAGGCUGUAUCCCAGAACUUAGAGAGACCAAGCGGAGCACUCAAAUGAAGGGUUUCCAUGGAUCCCCUUUGGUGUUGAUUUCGGAGACAGAGGAGACAGAGAGCCUUGAGCUUGAUGUAGCUGAACCAAAUGCCACGGAUGAACUGAAGGUUACAGCAGAGGACACGAUAAAGGACAAUGAUCAUUUCUCUGAAGGUCAACCAACAACUCUGACAUCAGAUACUCCAGCCAAGGAUGCUAGACCCCUACUGAGGACAUGGCUGGACAUGGAUGACUUUGCAAAAUGUUUUCAGACUUUGUUGGUCUUUCACAAACCCCAGAUGUAUAGUUAUCAUAUUCAUAAAUCACAUUUCAAGACCACUGUCCUGCAAAAAGACAUUGGAGGAAACAAUGGCUCUGGAUCAUCUAAUCAGUGUCUUUCUAACAGAUCUGUGGAUGUAGCAAGUGCCAAGUGUGCAGAGGUGAGAGGGACUCACUAUCUAUAUGUCGUAUCUCUGCAACCUUCCCAGAUCCUCAUCAGUUUUUCUGCCCUCCUUUGGGGAGGAAUUGGUGAGAAGACAUCUGAUAUGGAGAAACAAUUGUCUGGAGUAUCCAGAUCUGGAGUGCUACUUAUUCAACCUCACUCCUGGACAAGCAUGCAGUCUCAGCUUCCAGUUCUCACCAUCAAGACCACCUACUCAAAGGCAGCCAUGCUUAGCUUACCGGCAGGGCGUCAUUUAUUCUGCCUCCAUGCACAUGGGACUCAAGGCUACGACAUCCACCUGUGCAGCGAGACGUACUUUAUCAUAGGAGAUGAAGAAGCCAUUAUGCCCCAUCUUGCAAAGGAAAGAGCUCUCUUCACUGUGCAAGCUUCAACCAUAUUUAAGGCCUUGUCCAGCAUGGUUGCAUCCUUCAGUGAUGAGGAGAAGCUGCCAUCACUUAGAGAGACUCUGGAAAAGACUCUUUUUCUCCAUAACAUCUGCUCCAAGACAGAUAAAUUGAAAUGCCAAAAGGUUUUUAACUCAGCAGUUUACCACAUGGCUUGUGAGGCCCUGGGCAGAAAGCUUACAUCAGAGGAGCACUUUGCACUUCAAGCCCUUACUGGUGACCCCUCACCCUUGACCUCGGACCUCGAAGAAUCACAUGCUACAGCAGAUACAAAUCCAUCUGAAAUAUGGGAAGACAGGGAGCCAAAGCACGAAGGGACAAACCAGGCAGACAUCAUUCUGCAAGCUGAAUCUGAAGGGCACUUGGAGGAAGGGAUGCCUAAUGUCUCAAAAACUGCAAAGGAGCAAAGACAAGGAAAGAAAAUAGAAAAAAAAGUGUCAAGAGAACACACAGGAACAAAGGAAAACCCUAGCACUUCCAAGACACUGUCAGAUAUGUGGCUAAAGAUUGAAUCAGAUGCAGACAAACAUGCUGCCUUCUUGCUACGGUACAUCAUUGAAAAUUCUGGAGAAAUUACAGAACUCCAACGCUGUUUGCAGGAUGAAUCAGCGAGAAUCACCUUUGCUGAUUACUCCGUCUCAUUCAAGAAGACAACCCAGUCCUGGGUUUUGGUCUUCAGAGAGGUGUUCUUUGUUCCAGAGGAGAUGCUACUGGUACCAAAAGUUUUUUCUAUAAUCCCUAAUUGUUCUUUACAUGUUGUAAACAAUGACACUGGAGAGGAGAUUGGAAUGCUUAAAGUGCUUCCUCACGAAUAUAAACCCAACAAGCUUGGUUACACAUUUGUUGCAGAAUCUAUCAAUCCUCAGAUCCCUGCUGGUGAAGCCACGUGGCGACUACGUUUGAUUGGUACAAAAGAACCACUUCCAAAACUGUCCCGUGAAACUCCUGCUAGUACAUUCUCAGUGAAGGAAUUCCAAGAUUAUUACAUUCCAAACAAAGAAAAUCAUAUAUGUCGGUACUGUGUGCAAGUGACUUCAGAUGUCCUGGGCACGAUUCAGUUUGAAACCUCUGAUCCACACGUUUGGAUUCAUCUGUCUGUUCUGGACGAAGAGGAGGAGGUGGCUGGUGUUACUGGGAGGGGCUUCGUUAUACUUCCUGUAUUUUUCUUCAUGCCCAACAAAGACCCGGGUUGUAUAGAUAAAAACAAACAAAAUGUAUCCUUGUACCAAGAUACAUCUGAGCAAAGGCAUGUCACAGCCAGCCCAGCAGGGAGAUCAGACAUCUCAUCCGACCAGAGCAAGAAUCAUAAGUAUGUGGUGCAGGCAGAGGUGCUCAGUAGCAGCUGGACUUUGGAUGAAUCCCAGCUAACUUUUGUCCAUAUGCUACAAGAAAUAAAGAGGAAUGAAAUGAGAGUGUUCACACGUGAAGAUUUUAAGUCUCCAUCUACAACCAGUACAUCAAGCAACGAUGGAAAUAAGUCUGAAAAACACAAAACUACCCGAAAAAGUGAAGGUAACAAGCAGAAAAAGAAGACAGCUGCUUCUCCUAAAACUGGGCGCCAGCAGGAAAGGAGUCUCGACCUGACUAAGCCAAACUGGACACUUCGUGUCGUCACUGACGAAGCCAAAUCAGAGUGCAUUGAAGUGAAAAGAGAUACGGAGAGAGAUGACCAGAUAAGAUCCAUUAAAAAAGUCUGGCAAAUGGCUGAGCCAGAACACUCUGAAAAGGCUGCUCAAUCCCGCCUCCUCUUUCUUAAUGCGGUUCAAGAAAAAAGCAGAACCAUAGAUCCACCUAGCUUUGAUUCUGAUAUCCAUGUCAGUCCAUCCAACGAUAAAAUGAAUGCCCCCCCUCGGCUUUCUCUUCACUUCGACUACAGUCAUUUGAUCAGAUGCCAGAAGGAUUUAUCAGAGCUAGAGGAAUCGGAACGAGAGGAGGCCAGCCUGAAGGAAAGCUCUGAUAAGAUCCAGAACUACAGGUUGGCCCGUGAAACAGAGAUGGAGGGCUUCGAACAGCAGAUGGAGGAACAAUAUAAGUUAAUGGGGCAUUACCAUGAGAAGGCCAGUGAGGAAUCGUCCAUUGAUUGUAAAAAAUUUGCAGCCAAUAUUAGCCUCAAUAAGUAUAAACAAGAAGAGGAACCAGCAGAAAGGGGCAGAGCUAUCAUCUCCAGAGGAAAAAAAAAUAACAUUCCUGCUGCUGUUACCUAGAAAAUGAAAAUGCGGAGAGAGGGGAAAAGACCCAACAACAUUUUUGAUAUUCAGUCACGGUACACAUUAACAAUUCUGCUUUAACUCUGAAGAGUCAUCAUUUCAUUUGUUUCUUAUUCUUUAUGGCACAAUGUUAAACCAAAUGUUUUUUCACAGUUAAAAGCUGCCUGUGCCGCAGUCUCCUUUUAUUUUUUAUUUAUUCUGUUAAUGACAAACUGCAAUACAAAAAUAUUGCAUGCUGCAGAUGUAUUUUAUUGUUUGCAGUCAUCCAGCUCAAUAAAUAAGACUACCUUUAUAAAGUUAAUUUAUUUGAGGAUUUGUUUCAUAUUUUCAGCUUAUCCCAUCCUUGCU